ACAAAGUAUUAUUAGUCGACAACAAACUAACUGUGUAGCAAUCUUAGGUUACUAGAAUAAUAAAUAUUUAACUUUAUGUAAAGUCAAAAAGUAAUAUUACUCAAUUUUCUUAAUAAUUAUCAAUUAAUGGCUUGAGUAAUGCUUAAAAUGUGUUUCUGAUUAAGGAAAAAGUUCAUUUAAUAUAAAUGUCUAGAUAGCAAGUCUGUAUAUACCCAGUUCUGUCACAUUUGAAACUAGAUAAUUAAAAAUUAAGUAAUUAAUUCUGUAAUAUACUGAUAUCAAAAUGUACUCAGAAAUGUCUCGAGAUGAUUGCAGAAAAUAUUUAAGGUUUUUAGAAUUAGAUGCAUAUUCUAAAAUGGUCUCAGCUCUUCGAGGACAAGGUCCGCUGACUGAGGGAAAGCAGAAAUUACUAGGUGAAUUAGCUUCAGUUCUUCAUAUUUCAACAGAGAGACAUCAGGCUGAAAUUAGAAGAGCAGUUAAUGAUGACAAAUUGUCUAUAAUUGCUGAACAGCUGUUUGGCCCAAACACUGAUACAGAAUGGACAGUUGAGGGUCGAAGGUUAAUUCCAUUAUUUCCAAGGUUAAAAGGACGUACAGCCUAUACAACUUUUGCAAAUAGUGUUUCUCUUACAGCAUCAAUGGCAAAUGACAGACCACCACAUUUUCAAAAAAAAGAAGUAAAAUAUAAAAAUUCCUGCUGUGAACCCAAGUAUGAUGAAAAACUAUUAAACAACGGUACUGAAAAUACAUUUCGAUAUAGGAAAAGAAAUAGAUCAUUUCUUGAGGGAUCAAAAAACUUGAAUAAUGGUUCAUACCUCAAUUAUCCCACUACUAGUAAACAAAUAUAUUCAAAUAAUAUAUUAAAUAACAGUAGAUCUUUUGCAUCGCCACCAACAUCCAUAGAACAAAAUCCAAAAACUAGACAAAGGGUAGAUAUUGACAACUGAAAAAUGUAUAACAGUAACAAAUUUUGGAAAAAAGAGUGGGUAUAAAAAAUAUCACUUCAACUGUAAUAUAU